AUUCAGCUAUAAUUGUUUGUAUGUUUUAUUUUAAAAACCUACAUUUAUUAAAAUAAAAACUUUUAAACAACUCUCUACUCAUAGUUUAUACAGUUUUUAAUUUUUGAGUUAAAAUAUAUCAUCAAGAUGACUUCCGAAAAAGACUCUGAAAGCAAUGAUAGAUCUAGUACUCGUUCUGGGUUGAGUCGUCAAUCUUCAAUGUUCGGAGGAAAUCAGAUUGAAAAAGUUGUCUGCGUUGCAAAUGAUGAUUCAAUCAACAUUGAAUUUGUGUAUUAUACUGCUAUGUUGAAGAAGUUCGCACCCAACUUGAGCAAAGAAAAAGAUAAAGAGAAGGUAAUACCUUGGAUCAGGAAACUAUACGCAGCAGAAUAUGCAACGGAGUUCUUUAAAAUUAAGCGCAACAGAUAUCUUUUCAACAUGAUUUUGUCUAUUCUCAAUGAUGAAAUGUAUGGUGUGUUUAAAUCGAUUCCUCCUAUUGGUCCUUUAAAAUCCCCUGAAAGUUUUACUAUACCUACUAUUCCAAUGGCAACGUGGGAAGUUGAUAACAUGUGGGAAGAAAUGUUAAAAGAUGAAGGUAUUAACCCGUCCAUUUGCAGCAUACACGACAAAUGUCCCGAAGAAGAAGAAGAAGAAGAAGAUGACGAAGAUACGGAGGAAGUAAUAGAUACAACAAACAUGUCUGUAGCAGAUAAGGACAUUUUGGCUGAAGAUGGAAAUGUCAAAAAGGAGAGUGUAAAGACCAAGAAGAAUAAAAAAGCUCUAUUUAGUUCAUUACUCGAUUGGGAAUUUCAGUAUCUUCUUCAUAUCGCUCGACCUUAUGCCGCCCUAAUGACUACCGUGCAAGACAAGACUAGAGUGGCGAAAUGGUUACAGAAGUUGUGUGGUGUACGUAUGGAUAUUGCCUGUUCACAAAUGAAAGGUGUGCGGAACGAUUACAUGAUGGCACUACUGGGCUACUUAUACGAUUUGCGACUCACCGGACCGUUUGAACAUCCUCCACCUGACGGACCACUUGAAAAUUUAGGAAACGCCAUGGAAAAAAUAAAAGCAGAUUAUCCACUAACUGUACCCACACAGUCUGAUGUUAAUGAGUUUUUAUCUGACCAACCGAAACCAGCUGAUGGAGGUGCCUUUUGUUACAUUGCCAUCAGUGGUGAUUUACAAGCAACAAAUUUAAUAAAAUCAAAACCAGUUCACACAAAAGACUGUCAAAAAUAAUAUAACAAGAGUAAUAAAUAUAAUUCCAAGAUAAUAUAAAUAUUAUAUUGAAUAAACAUUGAUAAUUGAAACAGUGUCUUAUUUUAUUAAUAAUAACUAAAAUAUUUAUAAAUCUUUGUAAAUUGAGAUACAGUUGUACAUUAUGCCUAUGAAGCGCAAUAUCAAAUGUCUUAAGAUAUCUAAAUAUCUUAUGAUAGUAUAUUAUACUGUAUUACUUA